GUGAAUUGUUUUAUUUCCUGUUGACAUUCGCUACAAGUAAUUUUGAAAACAAGAAAGAACAUGUGAACUUUGAUGUUGAAGAAUCAUAAUUAUUUCACAGAUACCGGUUUUUAUGGUACAACAGACAUUUAUUACACAAAUACAGACUUAAAAUGGCUUUGCCAUCCAUGCCACACUAUUGGACAACCAGGAGAAAUGUUUAUGAGCAGGCAAUAGUCAGAAACAGAAACCAUGAUGACCACUUACGAGAAAGAUGGAGUAACACAGCAAAUUACUUUCAAAAAUCAAACAUAGCGGCCACAAAACAGAGCGCAUGGGAGUCAGAGAAAUCUCUCAAGUCCAGCAUGGAUGCUUAUCAGAAAGAAAAAGAUUCAGAUAAAAAGGCCAAGAAAUUAGCCCUACGCAGAGAGAAGCUAGCUGCCAUGCUAAGACAGGAGAGAUACAAGUAUGAGGCGGAAUUAAAGGGAUAUUCCCAGGACAAUUAUGAUCGCCUGGAGGACAUGAAAGACCGAGUUGACUCCCUAAAGAGUGCUAGAGAGGAAAAAAGGAAAAAUUUGGCUCAGGAGAAACUAUAUCAACAUUGGAAGCAAAACAAUCCAGAUAUCAGAAAGCUCGAGUCAGAACAGUUGAAGGACCACGUCGUAGACAGAUGGGGGUCCCAAGUGGAGGAAGUCAGGGAGAAAGAAGAACAGGAAAGAAUUGAGAAAGAAAAGUUUGAAAGAGAGAUGGAGAAAGAGAGGAUAGCAGCUCUGGAGUUGGAGAGAGAGAAGGAAGAAGAAAGAUUGGAGGAGGAGAGGAAGUGGAAGGACGUACUGAGGGAACAGAUGCUGGAGCUCCGUGAGCGGGAAGACGAGGCCAGUAGACUGAAGAAAGAACAAGAUUCUCUACAGAAAGAACAAUGGAGGCUGGAAGAGCUAGAGGAGGAACGUAAAAAGAUGGAGGCCGGCCGUCGGCACAGGGAAAUGGGCCGGAUGUUACUGAGACAACAUAAAGCACAGAUGAUGAGACGAUCCAGGCAAAUUCAGGAGGAGCUGGAACAAGACAAACAGAUGUUAGAGGCUCUUAUUGAGAGAGAGAAAGAGGAACGAGAAAUCCUCACCACGCGGAGAGAAAAGGCCCAGGCUGACGCUGCGUGGAUGAAGCAGGUAAUUGAAGACCAGUUACGAGUAGAGAAGGCCAGGGAAGCUGAACUGGACAUGUUAUACCAGGAAGAGGCAGCUAGAAUGUGGGAGAAGCGUGAUGCAGAAUGGGCGCGUGAGAGUAAAGCCAGGGAGAGACUGAUGAGGGAGGUGUUUAAAGACAGACAGCAACAGAUAGAAGAGAAGUUAGAAGAAGUGCAGCGUGAACGGGAGGAAUCGCUAUACCAGCGGGAGAAACUGAUAGAGGAGAUGGAGAUAGCCAAUCAGAUGACACAGCGGGAUCUGGAGAAAGCCGAGGAGCAGAAAGAGGCCCUCAAACUGGAUCUCAAGGGACAGAUCACGGCCCGACACGAGCAGAAGGAAACGUCACGUCAGAAGUUACAGGAGGAAGAGGAAAGGGAUCGGCGGGAGGAACAGGAAUACGAGGAUUUCCUCCGACAGGAGACUGAGAGGAUGAAAGUCCGAGGCUUCGCGCCCAAGAAUUUUGGACGGCGGACUGCUUGGAUGUAAUCAGAUCUGACUGAGGAGAAAUAGUUGUUCUGACUGAUUUAGAAAUCUCCUCAUGCUUUUAUCUCAUUCACACUGCCAGAGUAAAACCACAAAGUGCAGACAUUUUGAUCUAUUGUUACAGAUUCAUUCAGCCUAGCAACAGCUGAGAUUUUAUACCUUGUUUAUGUAUUUUUUUUUUAUUGAUAUCAGCGCCUGUAGUACAGACAACCAUUGUGUAUUCUCACGGAGAAUACAUGUGUAUAUGUAAAUAACUGACUUAUUUAUGUG